CUGGGUUUCCCGCCAACAUGGCAAAGAUGUCGGCGCUCGUGUCGUUUCCCGCCAAGCCCCCGCGGCAACCUCGUACGGCGCAAGGAAGUUUUUGUAUGGCGGUAUAAGAGAGUUUACUCCGCCGUUUUUCGCGUGAAUAUUUCGCUGGAAAAUUGAGCGCCGAGAUGGGGCAGUCGGACGAUAUCGAGGAUUCGACCUACAACCGGCAUCAGGAUCUCUGUCAGAAGCUAAAUAUGGACGCGAUAGCCGCGUCCGAGGCUUGGAAAUCCUACGAAAUUAUACGGCAGAACUACACUCUCGAGGGUGAUCAGCUGCAUUGGAUAGGAUGUGCGUUAUAUGUAGCCUGUAGAAAAUCCUCCAUACCCACAGUGGGAAGGACAGGCACUAAUGUAGAGGGCAAUUAUGUGUCACUAACACGUCUUCUACAACUGUGUAAUCUGCCACUGAUAGAGUUCUUUAGGAAAAGCAAGUCAUGGGCAGAUAUGGCCAAUAUGCCACAAGACUUUCGCAGCAAAAUAGAAAAGCUGGAAGGAAACUUCUCAGUUUCUAUGGUCAUAUUUAAGAAAUACCAACCAAUAUUCACUGAUAUAUUUAAAGAUCCAAGGGAAGACAUAUCCAGACCACCUAGAUCUAGAAGACAUAAGGCAGUACCUUGUACACCUGCUAGAGUCUUUGAAUUCUGUUGGACAUUAUUUAUAUUCAUUAAGGGUGCAAUUUCUGAUAUUUCUGAUGACCUUGUUAACUCCUAUCAUCUUCUGUUGGUCUGCUGUGAUCUCAUUUAUAGCAAUGCUCUAUUAGCUAAUAGAAAAGACUUGCUUAAUCCUAAUUUUCCUGGCUUGCCAGCAAAUUUCAACGACGAGAACUAUAUUGCACCGCCAACGGCGGACUGUAUCGUUAGUUUAUUGUGUGAUCGUCACGAAGCGAUUCCUGUUGAAGCUAAAGUUAUAAAGGAAUAUUGCAUGAAAAAUUACAUCAACAAACUUUUUAACGAGAGACUCCUACGUGGUGAUCAAUCCAACUUUUCAGGGAUACUAGAAGCAUUGAAUUUUGAUGGUAAUAGCAAAGCCAUCAAUAGAGCUUAUGAGCAACGUGUCUUGAGUGUCGGGGAUUUCGACGAGAGAAUCUUUUUAGCGAAUUGGAGAAGAGUAAGACUGAACAGCAUAUCAAAUUCGGAUAUAAUUGGGCAAAAUAUUGCUAAGCAUGACCAGUUUGCUAAGCAUGUAGUUUCACAAGGCCACGACGCUAGUGAGAACAUCGGCUCGCCUACGCAAAUAAACAUCGACGAUUUCCACGAACAAUUACAGAUGAAGAAAGAACAGCACACUGGACAGAUAUAUCUGGCACCUCCUACGCCACUGACCGGCCGUAGAUAUCUUCGAUCCAAAGAUAUGUCUAGUAUAAUAACGCCAGUGUCCACGGCGACUCAGAGUGUCAUCAAGUUACAAGCUUUGAUAGCUGGACAAUCCGCACCGAGUGCGGAUCUAUUACAAAUGCUUAACAAUUGCUCUCAAGAUGUCAAGUCUUUAGUCGAGACGAAGGUAAAACAACUCGGUGAGCUAUUCUGUGCGAAUUACAACAACAACGCGAAUGCCGCCACGAACGAUAACUCAAGAUCAGAUUUUGGAAAGAAACGUCUUCUCAUGGGUCAGACUCUGUUCUACAAGCUCCUGGAAAUGAUCUUGAACGAUGAGAAGCGUAAAAAACCGAAUUAUGAUGUAACUAAUCUUCUUUCGAAAGAAAUUUUCAUCCAUUGCCUAUUCGCCUGCUGCCUCGAGAUAGUUAUAUAUUCGUACAAGAGCAACGACAAGACAUUCCCGUGGAUAUUAAAUGCUCUAAAUCUCGACGCUUACCAGUUUUACAAAGUCAUAGAAAUUAUAGUGAGAACUGAGGAUCAAUUAUCGCGAGAGGUUGUUAAGCAUUUGAAUCAGAUCGAAGAGAAGAUACUGGAGUCGCUGGCUUGGCAGAGCGACAGUCCUUUAUGGCAAACCAUCGACUCCUUGACGGACGGCGUGCCAAGCUGCGAGGAGGUGUCCUUACCUGGAACUUUAGAGACAGUCGAUCCGAACACGCCCGGUCAACCUGUGUUGAGACGAAUCGCUCUGGAUCGAGGUACUCAUCAUGACAUUCAGCAAAGUCCAAUCUCGUCUGCUUCGGAGAGAUUUCAGUCUCCCAUCGCAGUAUCCGGCAUAGCGAAGAAGCGAUUGUUUCCCGACUCCAGAAGCACCGGUCAAAGUGUCUUACGAGUUGGACAGAGCUUAUUAUCAACACCUAAAGUUAUGAUAGAUGGUAAUCAAAGGAUACUUUUGGUACCCGAACAGAUUACCGUUCCGAAAACGUCGAUUACGCAAGCCUCGGGCAGUGGCGCGCAAGCUGUACAAGCAGCGAGCAGGGAUGCUGCUAAGCCGAAGAGAACGGGCUCCGUUGCGCUAUUCUUCCGAAAGUUCUACAAUCUUGCUUGCGUGCGCAUGCAGGACUUGUGCAAUUCGUUGGAGAUAUCGGAGGAGGAGGACAAGAAGAAGAUCUGGACGAUCUUUGAAUACUCGGUCAAAGAGCGGACCGAAUUAAUGAAGGAUCGGCAUCUCGAUCAGAUAUUAAUGUGUGCAAUUUACGUAAUAUGUAAGCUCGUGAAGAUGGAGAAGAAUUCGUUCACCGAGAUCAUGCGAUGUUACCGUCUGCAGCCGCAAGCGGAGUCGCACAUAUACAGGUCAGUGCUCAUCGGAAAGGUUUCCGCUAACGAACCGAGAACCGCCUCUGGCAACAACGAGAGAUCAACAGAGGGUAACGGUACGUCGGAGAAUAACGCGACCCCGCCAACGCCAACGAACAUGAUAGGCACGUCGCAGAACUUCAACGGCGAGCAACGCGGCGACCUGAUCAAGUUCUACAACACGGUGUACGUGCCAGAGGUAAAGGAAUUCGCGAAUCGAUUCGGAUCGUCUCGCGGCAGCGUUAUGAAUCUCUCGCUGAGUCCUCUGCCGAAAGGAAAACCGCCCGCUAGUUCGCCCGUGAGGCGCGUCACCAGCAGCAUUAUGACGCGCACUCUAGACCCGAAGGCUAUCAGCGCGUCGCCGGCGCCACAAUUAAGUUAUUGCUUCAGUCGUAGCCCUGCCAAGAAUUUGGAAGCCAUCAAUAAAAUGAUGAUAUCCGUAGACGCAAGGAAAGGUGUAGGGAAGCGAUUACUUUCGGACGACACUGACGUAGAAAUGACCGAGGCUACAUCUCCUACCAAAAAGACAACGACUUUCGUCGCGCGGAAGUUAGAAAAUAUUAUUGGCGAACGGCGAACGCAAAAUCAAUAAGCGAAAUGUGGUAAAGCAUUAAAACUAUUCGUAACUUCCGAGGACAGGAAACGCUUCUGAUCUUCCUUUCAUUUGCAUUCAAUCGACUUGCGAAGAAAGAGAGUACUUACACAGUCUACGUAUAAACCGAUUUUUACACCGACUGUGUAACGUAAAUACGAAUGAGACGUUCGUUUCUCAGGUAUAGUCAUUCUAGCAAAUCGAAGGAAAGCCCCGUUUUUGGCGUUACAUAAGGAUACUGUAAUGUCGUUUGUAAUUAUUGCUUAGUGUAAAGUCAGAAUUCAAUUUCCAGUAUUCUUUUCGUUGACUCUUAUCUUACCAGAGAAUAGAUUAUCUUUUGUUAAUUUAUAGUUUAUUGAACCAAACUGUCUUUCAAUACUUUCAAAUGCAAUUUCGAAUGCAGAGACAUUAGGAUUAUAACAUUAGAAUGAGGCAUUCGUAAUACGCAUAUAUUAAUAUUUUCCGUUGAUUACUUCAGAUACUGUUGUACCAGUGAAAUGUAAUUUUCUAAUGUAUACAUUGCCAGAUGGUGAUAUUGAUUGAUAUCUGAUAUUGAUAUUUGAUUACGAUAUCUUCUCAUCAUGUUUAUUAUGUAACUUGUAAAAAUUUACGUAACUUAAUUAUAUAUAUGAGUUCACAAUUUUGCUACACAUGUAUACAUACAUAUGCAUUUUGAGUCAAAAUAUUUUAUUCACUACAUAUAGUAUAUUUAAAUACAUAUGUAUAUUUAAAUAGGAAAUACGGAAGAAGAACAUGAAAAAUUCAAAAAGAGUAUGAUUAGCAGCAUCAUCGUGACAGAAAAUUGUAAUUCACAUUGCAAUAAACAGAUUGGUUCAUUAUCACCGAAAAGUAUUUCAACGAUGGAUUCUUCGACAGAUACAAGAUUUAUUUUUAUCGAGCGUAUAAACUAUAUUAUCUAUCGUUGAAAUAUUCACGCGGUGGAACGCUUUGUAUAUCAUUAAAUAUUUUAAACUUGUAAAAUAAAAGAGAAAAGUUAAAUAAAAUUAUGGUAUUAAUUAUGAAUAAUUCUUAUUUUCUGUUGUAAUCGAUUCUCAUUGACUGUAUUAUCUCUUGCAAUGAUACAACUUAGACAUAUUAACGAAGCGUCAUUUGACACAUAUUUAUCACACUGGAAAUUGUUCUGGCUAUUCUAAAGGCGCAUUAUCACUCCCAAAAUGAAAUCAUUACUGUACAUGUUAUUACAGUCAAAGUCUGUAAAAUGUUUAUAAAAAAAUAGGUUUCAGCCACAUUUAAAAGUGGAAAUAUUUUUAACAAUAGAUUUAAGUUUAAACAAAGCAACGAGUACUCGUAACAAAUACAAAUGCUAUUUUGGUAAUAUUCAAUUUUUAUCUGUUUUCUUUAAAAAAACAGUUAUAAAAAGAUUAAUGUAAUAAAUUAAAGAUAAAAUUACAGUUGCAUUUAUCAGAAGCGUAUUUUCUAUCUUUAAAAAAAUGUUAUAAAUUAUUUUUAUCUUUUGAAAUUUAAGUUAUCUAAGAUCAAGAAAGAGAAGGAGAGAAAGAGAGAGAAAGACUCUCUCUAUCAGUAAGAGGUGUAAAUAUUUCUAAAUUCAACACCAUGAUCUCAUUUGUCUGUCAUUAAUUAUCGAACAAUGUGUAUAAAAUGAGGAUUGUAAAAUUAAGGAUUAAAGACAAUUAUUGUAUUUAUCGUGUUACUCGAAGAACUUCGUUAUCGCGUCUUAUUGCUAUCGAUUACAGCGAAAUUGUACGCUGCUUCACUAGAUAAUUUCUUAUUGCUUGCUUUUAUUGUUAAAAUUAAUUUAUAUCGUAUUAUCGCGAUGCUUUAGCACUGAAUUAAGAAGGACACAGGUUUUGAGAGGCUUCUCAUUAUUGCAAUUUGCGUUUAAGGCAAUUACUCCGUAAAAAUAAGCAGUUUCUCUUAUAUGAUGUAAAAAGUUAUCAAUAUACACGAUGAAUUGCUAUUGAUAUUUUCUAUGUACAUAUAGUACUGUAACACAGGAAAUGUGAAUCAGCGAUACAAUAAAAAAAGUUUAAACUUUUCUCUAGAAAAUUUGUAACACCACCAUAAUUAAAUUUUAUUGUAUUUUUUACACAUAGAGCAUAUCAGUGUUGUGCAACUCGCGAAUAAAUAAGAUUAAAUUAUUAAAAGCAGAAACAAAUUUAUAAUAUGAAAUAAAAAAAUAAGACAUUUA